CGGCUUCGGGCGGCGAAGUGCGCAGGCGCGGCCAGUGGGCCGGCGGGAUUCCCGGGGCUACAGCGGCGGCCGCGGCUACGGCCGCCGCCCGAAGCCGCCGUCCCUCGCUCGAUCCGCCGUCCGCUCCGCCCUGAGCGCCAUGGCUCCGGCCGCGCUGGGCUCCGAGGCGCGCCUCAGCCUGGCCGCCUUCCUGCUGGGCGCCUCGGUGGUGGGGCUGCCGCUGCUCACGCGCUCCGGCCUGCAGGCCCGCACCGUGCUGGCGCUGUACGUGGCGGCGCUCAACGCUCUGCUGCUGCUGCUCUACCGCCCGCCGCGCUACCAGAUAGCCAUCCGGGCCUGUUUUCUUGGCUUUGUCUUUGGAUGUGGAUUGCUGCUAAGUUUUAACCAGUCUUCUUGGAAUCACUUUGGCUGGUAUAUGUGCUCCUUGUCAUUAUUCCAUUACUCUGAGUAUUUAGUAACAGCGGUCAAUAAUCCCAAAAGUCUCUCCCUGGACUCUUUUCUUCUGAACCAUAGUGUGGAGUACACAGUAGCUGCUGUCUCUUCUUGGAUAGAGUUCACGGUUGAAAAUUACUUUUGGCCAGAAAUGAAGCAGAUAACGUGGCUCAGUGUCACCGGGCUGCUUAUGGUGGUCUUUGGGGAGUGUCUUCGGAAGGCUGCCAUGUUUACAGCUGGUUCCAACUUCAACCACGUUGUUCAGAAUGAGAAAUCAGAGACACACACUCUGGUGACAAGUGGCGUGUAUGCUUGGUUCAGGCACCCCUCUUACGUUGGAUGGUUUUACUGGAGUAUUGGAACUCAGGUAAUGCUCUGUAAUCCGAUAUGUGGUGUUGCCUAUGCUCUGACUGUUUGGAGAUUUUUUCGAGAUCGAACAGAAGAGGAGGAAAUCUCAUUAAUCCACUUUUUUGGAGAAGAAUACCUAGAAUAUAAAAAGAAGGUGCCCACGGGCCUACCUUUUAUUAAAGGAGUAAAGGUAGAACUCUAACCCGAAGCGGGGCAUGAAGGGUGAUGGUGUCUCUGGAGGAGGUGACUCCAGCUCUGGGCGGCAUGAGGAAAGGAGCCACAUGGUGCUUCUCUCUUAGGAAGCCAAGGAUUCUAGUAGUCAUUUUGUAUUUGACUUGUUAUGCUGUGGAGAAGCACUAAGGGCUGGGGUAAUCAGAAGGCCUUGAAAUGGAUCCGAGAAGAUACAGAGAUCCAUCCUCAUCCCUGGCCGUGGCAGACCAGGAGGAAAUGACUUCAUCUCCUCUGGUGGUGUUCCUCAGAAUGGAACAUGGUGACAAGCUGCCUAGUGUCUCCUUUGCCCCCCAGAGAGGAGCUGGCUGUGGAGACACCAUAGAGAAGAAUCUGCUUCCCAAUAGUGAUGCUAUAAAAAGGCAAAAAGGUGUGACUGUGGCUGUGGGUGUUGGUGUGUUUGGUGGGGGGGAUAUAAGUGCUUCUUAUUUGCAUUAGAAACUCGAUUGUAAAACUUGAUUUAACAGGCAAGCCCAGACCUCACUGCUCUAACCUCUUUGUUCCUCUCCUUCACAAGUGCAUGAGCAUCGGUACCAUGUUGAAAAUAUUUGCUUAUAGGAUGCUGUGGCUCUCCCCGUUUCUGUAAUUUUUUUAGUAGCAAUGUUACUCAUUUGAUAUUUUUUCGAUCUUCAUAUUUAUAUUUGGCAGCAAAUAGGUGUGGGAACUUAACAUUUUGAAAUGAUUAUAGAUUGUCUUAAGGUGAGUAAAAACUCUUUGAAAUUGCAAAUUUUCCCUACAGUGCUAAAUAUACUGUAACAAGCAACUUCCCCAAAUCCAAUGAGACUGUCUGUGACCUUUGUGGGAAGAUGUGUUUCCUGCUUUUUAUUCCUUCCCAAAAUGUGGAGUUUGUGGGAAGUAAGAGACUGCCCAGUAUCGGGACCUCUUUUUGUUGCUGUCAGAAAAGGGGGAGCAGGAAAUAGCAAGCUGUCGCUAUAGAUCUUUUGAGAAACCCCGCAGGCCAUUACUCACCCUUUUAAUUGCCUGCCUUCCUAUUGGCUGUACUUCUUGCAUUUCAUCCAAAAUUUACAAUCUGAAAAUGUUAACCCUCCAGCUCUUGGUUCUUCUCUUUUUCAAAUUCCAGUGUGCUUCAUGAUUUUUGGCACUCGGUGAUACAUUCCUACAAAUUUGAAUUCGCUCAUGAAAAUCACUUUUGUAAUCCCAACUGGGAGCCUCUUUGUUGUUUCCCAAGUGCAGGGAAAAUGAUGGGUUUUACUUGUCAGAUGUACAAGCUUUAAGAGGUAAAAUGCCUAUUGGAUUCUGGAAUUGAUACAGAGUUUAGUCUGGGUGUGAGAUCCUUCCAAGUGACACUAGCUAGCUAUGAAUGUGAAGGCAUCUGGGGCCAGUGGGUAGAGCACGUUUCUACCACUGAUUCACCACGAGGCCUUGUGUAAAGUCACAUAACCCUUCUGUGCCUAAAUCUCCCACGUGCUAAGUGGGGAUAAUGACACCUACCUCACAGGGCUGUUGUGAGGAUUCAUGAGAAAGAAUGUCUCUUACACAUUUUUAACUCAGAUGAAUGAGAGAGAUGUUGCAUAAGAGAAAAUUACAAUCUGUGCAAAAUAGAGAAAAUGAGUGUGUACCCAUUACACACACAGACCUAAAAUGUAUGUUCAAAGCAUCUUAGGUCUUACCAAUUUAGAAAUGUUACCUAUUUCCAGGUUUCGCGGCUUAAUUUAUUUUCUGUUCCUAUAUACCAAAGAGGCUUUACAAGUUCUUUGAUUACUGUUAGGAAAACUUGCUGGUAGGACUGCAUGGAUAAUUGCUGGACUUUCAGUCUUUGUUCUAGUUACAAGUUUGAGAUAAGUUUAAGAAAAAGUCGCUUGCUAAAUUCGUGGGCCUUAGGGUUCUAUGCAGCAGCCCUUUGGCCCUUAAUGGUAAAAUUAUGCGCACUUAGUGGCUCCAAUUAAGUUAAUUCCCACCUUGUUCUUCUCCAAACUAUGCUGAGCUGAGCAGAUUGUGGUCUUGGAACCGUGUACUCUGUGAGAGACCCAGGCGCUUGAAGAAGGAUUUUUCUUUGCUUGGACCCAGCAAGGACCAAAUCCAGAAUUCCAUUUCUUUUUUUGAAGGCCACACGUUUUGUCCUUUCAACAGCUUUUACUGUGGCUUGUGCUCUUGGGGGGCAGAUUCAUUACUACACCCGCAUUUCAUGGACCAGAAAGCUCCAGAUAUCAGGGUGUCAUUAUUUACUCCUCCUCUUAGAUCCCCAAGUGCAUUAUCUUCAUUUGACCAAGCCCCAAUCUCAGGCUACCCUAGACCUCCAGGUCUUAAGGUUGCACUGUGACAUUUGGCUGCUAUUCAGCUGCCCUGGAUACCGUGUUUCGUUCUCUGGUUUAUAGAAAAAUCUGGUGGCAUUCCUAUGGGAGCAGGUAAGAAAUCAGUUCUACCUUAACCAGGGCAAAUGGUCAGCAGUGACUUGUGGGGAGAACACAAAAAUAUUUGAGAGCAGGAUCUGAGUACAUAUGACUUCCAUCUGAUACCAUGAGCUUCAGUUUCAUUUAUAAUAUAUAAACUUAGCAAUAACUGUACAGUACAGAAAAUUAGAUGGAUAAGUUCACUGCUUCUCUGGCAUUCACUUUAAGGUUGACAUCACUAAUUCCUUCUAAAUAAUGAACUGGCAGGAGAUGCUUUUUUUCUAUUUCAAAGUUUUUAAAUGGAUACAUAUACACACACACACACACACACACACACACACACACAUAAAUAUAUAUAUUCUUAUCCAGGAAAAGGGUCCUGUGAAAUAUUUGGGCCCAGAGCUGUGUAAAAUGGAGCAGCGUUUAUUCAGCCAGUCUGGUGGCCAUUCACAGGAUUCCUCAAUGCAUCAGGUUGGGUUGAGUUUACAGGGAAUGAGUAGUACUAGGAGCCAAAUCUAUUUUUACAAGGUCAGUAAAUGAUGACAUGGACCUGACUGUUCCUUAGUACAAAUUGCUGCUGAUGCCUAAAAGGUAGUCAAUUUUAUUAGUCCUGUCUUUCCCACCAUUUACAUAAUAAUCUUCCUGAUUCAGCUAGAUUUCUGAAUGAGGGGGGAAAGUAUAUAUAGGAAUAUAUUCCCAAACCUAUAGAUUAUUAAUAAAAAUAUCUUUGUUUAAGGCUCGAUGAAACCUUAGCCCCACCUCACCAUAGGCAAUCACCUCCCAAUAAUGAGUCCAGUAAACCACUGUCCCUCCUUGGCACUUUGUUCCUUACUGCCUGGGGUCGUUUCUGAGCUCCUGUUCUAUGUGGCUUUUGUAAUAAGUUAGGGAUGCUCUAAAAAUCCAAGUGUUUCUCCCGUAGGGGAAGCUGUAUCAUUGUUCUACUGCUUCCCAGCUCCUACGAAGGCUUGAUCGCCUGGGAUAGGCUAGGGACGUCUGUUUUUACCAGGAUCCACCUGGAGAAGUCCUGUGUGCCUGAUUCUUGGAAGCCUGCCCCAGACCCAGGAUGUAUUCAAUUAAUGGAGUAAUUAUUCUACUCUUCUUUUUACAUGAAGAAAAUGUUUAUUUAAAUAUUUUUAAAUGAAUUUUCUUUCACAGAUAUUAUUCUUUCCAAUUCUUAAAUAAAACUAUUCUUGAUUUCAAUACGAA